AUGAAGCGUUUGGUGCUGGUGGAAAGGUUGAAUCGUGGUGGAGAAAGGAGAGGAUGCAGAUACGAGGGUCGUAGAUACCAAGAGGGCGAGUCGGUGGUCACGUCCGAGCCCUGCUUGCAGUGCAGGUGCAUCGAGGGGGCGCUCAGGUGUCGUCUGAGGGUUUGUCCACGAUUGCCGAACCCGCCGCCGUUCGGAUGCAAUGUUCGACCGCCCGUGGAGAACAUGUGCUGCGCGGAGCUGGUCUGCGGCGAGACACGCGACUCCGUGAAUAUUUUAAGAAGAGCGAACGUACAUGUAGAGCAAGAGGAGACACACGAAGAGGACCAUCAGAACUCCCGUUUUCAAGGUUGCCUACACGAGGGCGUCAGAUACGGGCCGGGCUCGGCGAUGAUGGGCUCGCGUAGAUGCGAAUACUGCUACUGCAUCAACGGGGCGAGAAGAUGCAUCAGACCGAAGUGCCUGUUGCCCCUGCCGGGAUGCACUCCGCUCUAUGCUCCGCACUCCUGUUGCCCUGUUGCCUACAAUUGCACCCAUCUACGCUCGUCCACGCCGGCGCCGAUCACGGGAAACGAUCAUGGAAACAUGGACGCGUUUUAUCUGUGA